GCUGUGAAACAUGGCGGAGGUCAGGCAGUGUCUGGGAAGAGGAGCGCAGGACGUUGCAGUCAAAGUGUACAGCGGCUGCCUCCUGGAGAGCCACAACAAACACGGGAUAAGUGUGGUGCAUCAUGCCUCCUGUCUAUCGGCCGGGGCUCUGCAGGAUGACACUAAACACUGCGACCGCAGCAGAGCGGGGAAGUCGGCCGGCGGAGUCUGCCAGGACGGUUACACAAGGUUGCAGCGAGUUGAUCCUGAUUCAGAACAUGGAAAAGUCGUGCAAAAUGACCACAGUCGUGGGCUUGGAAAGCAGUCCCUGAUAAGCCAGCGUCGACUCCAGCUUCUACACAGCAGUGCUGCUCGAUACCGAAACAGCGCCAGGUUUUCUCGGACUCCGUCCAGCUCCUCCAGAUGUGCCGCACAGCUGGACCGGGCUGUUUUUAUCAGGUGGUACAGCGGCCACGGGACCAGAGCCGAGCCUCUUUACAAGACCAAAACAGGCUACUACGACGUCCUGGAGGUGUCUCCCUCGGCCACUCACGCCCAGAUCAAAACGGCCUAUUACAAGCAGUCCUUCGUCUUCCACCCGGACAAAAACGCCGGCAGCGACGAUGCCACCACGCGCUUCUCGGAGAUCAGCGAGGCGUACACGGUCCUGGGGAACAAGGCGCUACGCAGGAAGUACGACCGGGGGCUGCUGAGCCUGUCCGACCUGACCGCCACGGUCAGGCCGUCCGGCAGGGACCCCGCCGGGGGCUCCGGGAGGCAGCAAGCCGAGAGCAAGAGGUCCGUGGUGGGUACGGACCUCCGAGAAGGCGUGUUUGACUUCGACCAGUUUUUCAAGUCUCACUACAGCGAGCAGCUGCAGAGGGACAAAGACAUGCGCCUGCGGAGGGAGGAGAACCUGAAGAAGCAGAAGGAAAAUGUGGGCGACCAGGAGAUGGGGAGAAUGUCGGAGAUUGGAGUCGGGGUGCUGAUGCUGUUUGGAAUAGGGAUCUACAUCAGCAUAAAGCGGAAUUGAAGCUGCAGACAUGCUUUUACACCCCCCCCCCCCCCUUCUCUUUACUCACACUACCUACCAAAUUGCCAGAAAACGACCUGGCUAUUUCACAAACAGCAAUAAAACCUCACAUUUACCCUUUACCUUUCUAGUAAAACUAGACUGUAACAUGUAAACAUCUCGUUUUCCCCACUGUGCCAGGAAAUGUUAAGCAGAGGAAAUGUCAGUGGUUGAUUUACAACCGUUUCAUCUUUCAUUUAAUUCAUUUUGGCUUUCAUAAAGUCAAUGGUCCUGCAGAUGUUAUUUUAAGGUUUAGAUUAUAACUGCAGUUUAAUGUAUUGCUAUUUAUGUAUAUUUAUAGCAAUGUAAGGGGAAUGGACCACACAUGGGUAUUCUUAAGGAUGUGCCUUUCACGAUGUUUAUUGUAAAUGUCAAUGGUUAAAUUGUUCAAGACUUUGAAGAAAUUAAAUUAUGAGCAGUGCUGAGCACUUUGUGUGUUCCAGUCUUCUUGAUCAUUAGCUCUUAAGUCAUGUGAAAUCUAUCUGAAUGCACCUAUAUUAGCAGGUUGUGACCAUGUGUGGCAUUUGUUGAUUUUAACCAACACUUAAAAACAGAGAUGCACGGUUCUUUGGUGAGUAGAAGUUGAUCAUCAAGGGAGUCAGAUCCAGCACCUUUUAAUUCUUACAAAGACAAAUGAACCGGCUGCACUGCUUGGGAGGUGUGGGUUGCAUUGCAGUUUCAUCCCAUGUGUAAAACGUGUUUAUUUUUUAACUAUAAUCAAAUAGCUGGGUGAUAACUUUUUGUGGAAAAAAAUGUCAUGAUUUUGUGUGCCGUUCAAAGGUUUUGGUGAGGUUUGAUGAAACAUUUGGGAAAAAACACAAAGGUGUUCAUACAGUAAAUAAGGUGUUGGGUGUGGAGGCCGAAGGCUGGCGCAGCAACACUGCGUCAAGUCCCGUGGUCAUUUCCUGCCUCUUCUUUUUCAAAUAAAGGCCACUAGAGCCCCCCAUCCCCCCACCUCCUAUAAACCUUUGUUGUUUGUGGUACCCUCUAACCAAGACUUCAUGUAGAUACACUACAUUCCUCUGCAUUUUUUAAAAU